AUGCCGCGAGUCGCUCAGGGACCACGAACUGCAGGCUCCAGGGUAGCCUCUGGGCUCACCAAGCUCGAACCCGCGAACCCCCGUGGCCGAUCAGAUCGCUUCCGGGACGACGACGACGAUGACGAUGUAGUAAUUAGCGGCACCGCUGUCACGCCGAUGAAGCGUGUGCCGAUCCUCGCCAACUUUGAGGAGUGGAUGAAGAUGGCAACGGACAACAAGAUUAAUGCGGCCAACUCGUGGAAUUUCGCCCUCAUCGAUUACUUCCACGACAUGUCCCUCCUCAAGGAGGGAGACGGCGUCAACUUCCAAAGGCCAGCUGUACGCUCGAUGGAAGAGCCAACGCUCGGAAGCGACGUUAGCGCCCUCAUUUGCGUCGUUGCAACUCAAAAAUUUGAGCUCGAGUUUGCGGUGGAUCCCCUCUUCAAGAAGGCCUCUGCCGAUUUCGACGAGGGCGGCGCAAAGGGCCUGCUCCUGAAUCAUUUGAUGAUUGAUUCUGAAGGCCGCAUCGUCUUUGAUAGCAGUGACGAUGCAAACGACAGGGUCGGUGGGGCGGGAAAGAAGGGCGAUGGGGAAGAAGAGGGCGACGACGACGGCGACAUGCCCGAGGGCGGAAUCGAACCCCCAACCCGCGAGGGUACCGUCCAGCCCGAAGAGCAGGAGCUGCCCGUUCCGAUUGACCUGGCCAGCCUCGCUGCCCGCUUCAACUUUGAUCUCGGAGACCCUUCGGGAUCCCUUGAUAUCCCCUUCCUCAAGGCCCCCGAGGACUGGCGUCAAGACCAGGACAAGGGCCUCGGAAGCUUUGGGGACAAGUCUGGCAUGCUCAUCGACGAUGACAACCUCCCCGGCUUCGACGACGACGACCUCGGCCUGGGCUUUGACCUCGGCGCGGACGUAGCCUUUGGCGAGGGUGGCGAGGCUUGGGCAAGGGAGGCGGCGCUGGAACCCCAGCUGCGCGUGUACGACGCGGCGCUCGACGGCGCGGCGAGCGGCGAGGGCGUAGAGCUGGUUGACCAGGACUCGGGCGAAUACGUCGUCACGAUGAACCACUCAAAAACCCCGACCAAAUGCACGAGGACAUCCUCGGCUACUUUGACCAGGCCCUCCAGAAGAACUGGCCUCGAGCAACGCCGCCAUCUGCCUACCCAAAAGGACUGGAAGUCCAAGACGCGAAACCUGCUGCCCGACGACAAGCACUUCAGCUCCAAGCAGCUCAUCAGCCUCUUCCUCAAGCCCAAGGCCCGCAUGGGCAGGCGGCGCGUCCUCGGCCGCGCCGGCGGCUUCGGCCUCGGUUCCGGUUUCGGUGCCUCAGGUCAGCAGGACCGCGACGACCUCCCCGAGGGCGAGAUGGACGAGGCCUUCUGGGCGCAGCGCAAGGAACCUCUAAACGGAGCAGAGGACACGGCGCUACCGCAAGGCGACUACGACGCCAACUUCUUCCAAGACGACCUGCCUUUCGCGGGCGGCUUGGACGACGACGACGACGACCUCGAGUUUGCCGAUGCGCGGGAACACUUCUCGCCCGGCGCGGAGCUAGCGCCUGGCAUGACGGGCGGCGGCAAGGCCAGAGUACGUUCAGUAUGCUCGCGUGGCCAAAAGGUGGAUGUCAGGAGGCUCAAGGAAGAGCUGUGGAAGGGCAUGCCCUUUGACGAUCUCGACAAGACUCACGACCCAGACACUUCUCGUCUGCCCACCCCACCACCCUCGUCUAGCGACCCUCUCCAACUAGACCAGAAAGAGGACCCCACCCUGAAAUUCACCAGCAUGAUCAACGACUUGCAAACAGUAUAUCCCAAGCAGGCCAUGGACGACAUCUCCACUAGCUACUGCUUCAUCUGCCUACUGCACCUGGCCAACGAAAAGGGCCUCGUCAUCAACAAGACGCCCGAGCUGACAGAGCUCACCAUCAAGAAAGACUGGACGGCGGAGAUCACGGCCGGCGGCGAUUAA